AUGGCGCCACCGUUGCCGACACCGGGGCCCGGGGCAUACAAUAACACCGUGAAGGAGAAGGUGCCUGGAGGAAGCUACUUCGGAACCGGGCACAUCACGGUCGGCCUGGAUCAAAGUGAUGCGUCCUUUACCUUGUCGCAGGAGAAGCAGUCGUUCAUCAAAUAUGACGCCAAUAAGAAUGGCAUGCUCGAUUUUCAGGAGCUCAGCAAACUUCUGCGGAAGGGAGAUCCCUUUGUCACGGACACUGAGGUCCAAGCACUCUUUCAUGCGCUGGAUACUGAUGGGGAUGGCAGCAUCGGAUACAACGAGCUCACUGAAUACCUGCACCCGCCAGGAUCAACCUUUGAGCACUCCACAUGGCGCAAGAAGCUUCGGAAUGCCUUUCAGCUGUCCUUGCCCGGGCCAGCCGACUAUGUGGGCAAUGACAAAAACUUGGCUGGGAAGCGAAAUGCGCCUCGUGCAGUCAUCCCUGCCCAGAGGAUGAAGACCUACUCCGCCACCUUCGGUUCCGCCCCGAAGAUCCGGGACGGCCGGUCCGAGUCGCCGGGCCCUGGCGCCUACGCACAGAACUUCUCCGCUUUGGCCCAUCAGAAGCAGGGCCCCCGUGCCACGAUCGGCGCUGCCCGCCGGGCCUUGUGCUACGACGGCAGCGAAGAGCCAUCGCCGGGACCGGCGACCUAUGCCACCGAGACCAAAUAUAAGGUAAAAGGUGGCAGCUACUUUGGCGUCCCUGGUCGCAUGAACCUGCCAGAUCUUCCGUACGAGAAGCGGGCCUUUGCAAGCUGUGACAUAGACAAGGAUGGCAAUCUUAAUGUGGACGAAGUUUUCACGCUUCUACAAAAAUCAGAUCCAUCCAUCACUGCGGUCGAAGCCAAGCAAAUCUUUGAUGCUUGCGACCAGAACCAGGAUGGCGUGAUUGAUUUCGAGGAGCUGAGGAACUACCUCCAUCCAUCGAGUGGAAAUGAACACACGGCCCAAAGGAAACGCUUUAAAGAUAUUUUCUCUGCGAAGUCGCCGGGACCUUUGGACUAUGACACCAUUGCACCGCGCACGAAGAAAGUCCAUGGCGGCACCAUUGGACGGGCGCGGCGCUAG